UCGUAUGGUACAGAGAAAGGAAAGAGGAUGAUUCAUUGAUUUAUGACAGCUACGUGCAUAUAUAUCCUUAUAUUUGGACCUCUUAAUAUUAUUAAUCUGUUGGUUUGAGCAUAAAAGAAAGAUCACCAGAGUCAGGUGGCCAAGGAAGAUAGAGUUGGUGGCGCAAAGCAGAGGUUGAAGGGACAUUUGGUUUCCACUUUUCAUCUGGGGUUCUUCUUUUUCUCUCCCUUCUUUUCUUCUUCUAGCGUUCAAUCAUGGCGGAAGUCCCAAGGCAGAGUGGUGGGAAGGAGUCGCCGGUAGGUGACCCAUGCAAUUUCAGGCGGGUGGAACCGCCGAUCGUGAAGAGGUCAACUUCCGACGGGUCCAUCUCCCUCGACGUGGACGACGCAUGCGAUCCUCCACUGCCAUCAAAUCGCAGAAUCCAGAUGCAGACAAGUCUCUCUCACAAGGGAUGGUUUCCCGGUGGAAGGAAGGGCCAACAGCAGGAUGAGGAUGAUGGGUGGUCCAAAUCCCACAAAGCAGAGUCUGCAUUGAACGAGAAAUGCCCAUCAGUGGUUGUCCCCCUAGGCGUGAAGGAGGGAUCUUGUCAACAAUCCGUAAUGGGAGAGCGCAGGGUGAAGAGGUCCAGACUCCCAUGGCUCGAUUCCAGGAAGGUCUUCAUGAUCUUCGCUUCCUUGUCUAGCGUGGGAACCAUAAUGCUGAUAUAUUUCACUCUCUCGAUCAACGGCCAUCAAGCACAGGACUGACGAUAAGAUGACUUCUCCACCGUUGGAUCUCUUCUUUCCUGUUUUUGAAGGGCUGCUGGCACUGAAAAGGAUAAGACGUUGAAAGGGGAAAAUCCUGAUUCUCUCUUUGCCUUGGACUUUUUUUCCUUUUCUUCUUCAGCACUUUGCCUUUGCGGCAAGCAUAACUGUGAAGGAAUAUGGUGGGCGGUCUCCUCUAAGUGGAAGGAAGAAAAGAGAGGAAAGAGUGAGGCCGUGAAAAGAGAGAUCGGAAUAUAUAGUUUUCUGAAUACGUUUUUAGCUAGGCAGAAGUCCGUAUAUACAACUUGAUGACAUGUACAGUACAGGUACUUCUUUUUAAUAUACACAAGAAUAGAUAAUG